UCUUUGAAUUACGUAACGAUUUUUGAUCGACUAAUCCUCUUUCUGAUCUUUCUGUGUUUUUGAUUGUUAUCUUUGACGGAUUGGGUUUGACAAUCAUCGAUUUCCAUUCACGAAUCAAGAUUACAAAUCUUCACGAUUUCCAUCCAACAACUGUUGUGUGAAAAAUUCUGGUUUGUCGUAAGUUCUUUGAAUUACGAAUCAAGAUUAGAUAUCUCGACGGUUUCCAUCCAACAAUCGACAGCCUAUCAACAAAUACCGUCAAUUAACGCCACCAACAUCAACAGUCUGUCUGGGAAAUUUCGGAUUUUGGUUCCAUUCACGAAUCAAGAUUCGAUUUCUCCACGAUUUCCAUCCACAAAUCAAUAAUCGAUUUAUGUCAACAACUACCGUCAAUUCCGCCACCAACCAUCAACAACCUGUGUGAGAAAUUUCGGUAUGUGCUUCGUUCUUUCAAUUUCCUUGGAUUUUGGUUUACUUGCACCUUUCUAAUCAUUCUGUCUUUUUGAGCAACGUCUACGACUUUUUGGGUGUGACUAUCAACAUCCCGUCCAAGAAUCAAGAUUAAGUUUCUGUCACCAACAACAUCUUCCAUCAAUUACCGCCACCAUAAGCCUGUUCUACGUUAUUGUUUACAAAAGUAAAGCCUUCUUCACAUGCCUCCAAAACGGCGACAUAUGGCUUCUACUUCCAAUACAAUAGUCCCCCGUCAAAUACGUCGUUCACGCAGGAUUUCACUUUUAGUGGAGAUACCAGCGUUGCCUUUUUAUUAUGACUGUGGAAAUUGUACCUGUGUAUGUGAGUAUUGUGGAGCUUAUUUUUGGUAUCAAGAGAGAGUAUUGUAUUUAUCCAGAGCCAAUCAUCCACAAUAUACAAAAUGUUGUAAGUCGGGUAAUGUAGUUCUUCCUUACCCUCUUCAUCCGCCUGAUGUGCUUAUGCAAUUCUACGAAGAUGAUCACUUCAUGCGUAACAUAAGAGCAUAUAAUUCCAUGUUCUCUAUGACGUCUUUUGGUGCAAACGAAGACGAUUCAAUCAACAAAGGUCGUGCACCAUAUGUGUUUAAGGUUAGUGGUCAGAUUUACCAUUGGAUAGGCUCUUUUUAUCCUCAAGACAUUCAUCAACCCCGUUUUCUCCAAUUGUACAUGUGUGAUACUGAAAAUGAGAUCGCUAAUAGACUUCGUUCUUUUCAUGAUGGGGAAGUACUUUUGUCUGCAGAAGUUGUAGAAUCCUUAAGUCAUAUGUUACGCACACAUAAUGAGUAUGUCCGUACAUUUAAGACUGCGAAAGAAAUAGCUCAGUCAAUGAAUUUAGAUUCAUAUGGUGUACGUUUAUUUAAUGUUGUACCUGACAGAAGAUAUGGGCCACCAGCCCCUGGAACUUUAGGCUGUAUUGUUUGUGGUGAUGAUGUUACUGGCGCUGUCUAUGACAUUGUCAUCUAUUCAAAGUCUGGGUCACCUUGGCGUGUCAGUAAGCUUCAUCCCAGUUACAUGCCUUUGCAAUAUCCAUUACUGUUCCCGUAUGGUGAAGAAGGAUGGUCUCCUAGCUUGCAUCUACAUAUUAAGUCUAACAAAAGGUUAACAAAUAAUAUGUAUUACAGUUAUCAAAUUCAUGAUCGACACACGUACUCUCUUAUUUUACGUGCACAUCGUCUUUUCCACCAGUAUUUAGUAGAUGCAUAUACUUGCAUUGAACAAUCUAGGCUUGACUUUAUUGAACACCAUCAGCAACAAUUACGAAUAGAGUACAUCAGCGGUGUUUAUGACGCUUUGUCCAGAGGUGAUUCCGACAGUCAGGUCAUUGGAAAGCGUGUAUUUCUACCUGCAACUUUCGUUGGGGGACCUAGGUAUAUGUAUAAACACUAUCAAGACGCUCUUGCCAUAUGCAAGGUUCAUGGUAAGCCACAAUAUUUCAUCACUUUCACUUGCAAUGUUAAAUGGCCUGAGUAUAGAAGAUACAUGGAUGCUAUUGGUCAACGUGAUAUUCAAAACAGACCAGAUAUCAUUGCACGCAUCUUUAAAAUUAAAGUUCAUGCUUUCAUUAACUUCCUUAAAGAGGACAAAACUUUUGGAGAUGUUAGUGCAUGUAAGUUUUUCUACUCUUAUUUCAUUUUUCCUAUUAUUGCCUUCUAUUCCUUUGUCAUAUAUAACAUCAUUAUUAAAUAUUCUAUUCACAUAUCUUUACACAAUUGAAUUCCAAAAAAGGGGUUUACCACAUUGCCAUACAUUAUUAUGGGUAACGUCACCCUAUACAAUUCAAGAAGGUGCAGAUAUUGAUAAAUACAUAACCGCUGAACUUCCUGAUCCCAUACUUGAACCAACACUAUAUAGGACUGUUACUACAUGCAUGCUACAUGGUCCUUGUGGUUCAUUAAAUAUUAGUGCCCCCUGUAUGGUAGAUGAUAGAUGUAAGAAACGAUUUCCAAAACCGUUCAACCCAUUAACAACUUUUGAUGCAAAUGGUUACGUGCAUUAUAAGAGACGUGUUGGAUCGUAUCAUGUCCUACAAAGUGGGAUUAGAACUGAUAACGGCUAUGUAGUGCCAUAUAAUAAACGUUUGUGUAGUCGAUUUGAUGCUCACAUCAAUGUUGAAUAUCGUGGUUGGAAUAUGAUGAUGAAGUACUUAUUUAAGUACAUAUCAAAGGGGGUUGAUCGCGUUCGUUUCACUCUUCAAACAUCAGAGGCAAAUACUCCUACUACUUCCUCUACCAUACCUGUCGCAGUAAAUGAAAUCAAGUCGUUUCUUGAUGGUCGGUAUAUAUGUCCACACGAAGCAGCAUGGCGCGUCCUCAAUUUCCCCAUUCAUGAACGAGAUCCACCUGUACAAGUCUUGGCCGUCCAUUUGGAUGGGAUGCAACCUACUAUUUUCAAAGAAAACAGUCAAUUAAGCUCCUUAAUUGAUA